AGCUCGCUGUUCGCUCCUCUGCCUGACAGCUGCCCUGCCGCCAACAGGCAGCCCCAGCUUCCCCAAACCAGUCUUCCAGCCUCGGUGGCGCCCCAGGGCCGCGGCAUUUAGGGAUUAGGAUCUGGAAGGGUUUGGUCCAAUCCCCUCUCCCUCUCAGCGUCCUGGGCUCACCUCCCCGGCAGCUUAGCGCUCCUCUUCCAAAACUGCUUGCUGUUCUCAGCGGCCAUUGCUCUGGCAGGGGGAAGGCCUUGUAGGCGGGCCAAGGGGUUGCCUGGCGAGAUGCCCCCAGACCCCGCAAUCUGAGGGCCAACCCAGGCCGCUUCCCCGCCGCCGGUCACCCGCUCCCAGCUCCUGGGGACGCCAUCUUGGAUGUGGGCACCCCUCCACCCAGCACGGCUGCCAUUGGUGGGCUGCGCAAGCCGUGGACGGGCCGACCAAUUGGGAGCCGGAAUCCUGCAGGCCGCUGAAGCCAACCGGCAACGUCAGGGUCUGGGCACACAGGUGGACGGGGAAGGCGGAGCUUGGACGAGCAGAGAGGCGGGGCUCAAAGUUCCUAACCCGCGAGAGGGAAGAAUCAGGUAAAGAGGUCUCAGCAUGAAACAGCAGCAGUGGUGUGGGAUGACUGCCAAAAUGGGCACCGUGUUGGCGGGGGUCUUCACCAUCAUGGCCGUACACAUGUAUCUCAUCUUUGAAUAUAAUCACCUAGGGCAUGGCGAUUGCACUGAGAUCACACUAAAGUACCAGAGUGCAAGUGACAUCAUAAAUCAUUUCAUCAUCUGCUGGAGUUUUAAAAUCGUCUUCUUCCUCUCUUUCAUCACCAUCCUCAUCAGCUGCUUCCUCCUGUACUCAGUGUAUGCCCAGAUCUUCAGGGGCCUGGUCAUCUACAUUGCCUGGAUUUUUUUCUAUGAAACCGUAAACCUCGUAAUACAAAUCCUCACCAACGACGACUUCAACGUUACAGAGGUCAGAAUCAUGCGCUGGUUUGGCUUGGUGUCUCGUACUGUCAUGCACUGUUUCUGGAUGUUCUUUGUCAUCAACUAUGCCCACAUAACCUACAAAAACCAGAGCCAGGGCAAUAUAAUUUUCUACAAGAGACGAAUUUCUACAGCGGAGGCUCUCCACAGCAGAAAUAAAAGAUUAUCAGUUUUGGGUGGGCUCAAUGGCUCACACCUGGAAUCCCAGCACUUUGGAAGGCAGAGGUAGGUGGAUCGCCUGAGGUCAGGAGUUCAAGACCAGCCUGACCAAUGUGGCAAAACCCUGUCUCUACUUUAAAAAGUAGAAAAUUAACCAGGUGUGGCAGCACACGCCUGUAAUCCCAGCUACUUGGGAGGCUGAGACUGGAGAAUCGCUUGACCUGGGAAGUGGAGGUUGCAGUGAGCCGAGAUCAUGCCACUGCACUUCAGCCUGAGUGACAGAGCAAGACUCUGUCUUAAAAAAAAAAAAAAAAAAAUUAGCAGCUUUAUUCACCACUAUAAGCAAUCAUGUUGGCCCUUUUCUUUCCCCUGAGAGGUAGGUAUCUCAGGUUCCCGGGGUAGUUCUAUUUCCUCUUCUUCCCCCCACUUUUGCUUAGCAGUCCCGCAAGUAGAAACCCUAUUGCCACUCUUCCAGGAGAAUAUGGAGAGAAAAUGUGAUUAUAAUCACAACUGGAACAUCCUGCUCAUUGAGGGUAUUUAGUUAAAGGAUAUUGUGAUUUAUCACACCUUCUGUGAACUCUGCCUUUCUACCACCUGAUGGGUCAAAAUGAACGGAAUAAGAUGAAGCUGAAUUGCAGUAUGGCAAUCCUUUUUUCUUGGCAUCUUCAUUAGCCUUCAACCCACAGCUCUUUAACCCUGGGAUGAGCAAAUCUGUAUUUAUACCUCAGAUUUUUGCAGCACAAAGGAUGUUGUUGGUCCUGGGGUGGGUUUGUGCUAUCAUUUCCCCACUAUUCUUCUGGUUUUUUCCAGAUAAGAAAAAUAAUAAAAAUAGAGAAAAUUCGUCUGUGUUGAAUUUCCCCACCCUUCCCAAAUUAGUCAAGGAGUGUGAAAGGCAUUUCCUUAAUCAAAAGAUAUAUGUUAAACAUAUUUCUGUAUCUGUCGCUGUGCUGUACUCUGUAGUGUGAACACUGUACUGAACACUGUGUAUAUACCAUAUACAAAAAUGUAUAAGAUAUGAAUGACUAUGAGAAUUUUGUAGUUUAGUGGAAGAAAGUAAAUUAUUGUUUAUGAAUCAAUUAGCCAAUCAUAUAAGACAGUAUAUGAUUAUAUGCUAUCACAAAUAAACAGACAUCACUUUGCAUUCAGGUUCAGA